CUGCCGGAGCAGUGGGACCUGCCCUCCUACAUCACCAUCAUCAUCCAGAUGGCCAACGUGGGGCCGUUCCUCAUCACCCUCAUGCACCACUUGCGGCCCGGCAUGCUGAAGGAGGUGGUUGUGAACUACACAGUUGUGUCCGUGGGUAUCGUGGCCUGCUUGCUCCUGGCCUUCCUGUGGGACUACACGUCCCUCGUUGCUGGGCAGCCCCACAGCACUGCCUUCCUGAUCCUCACCUUCUUCCUGGCCCUGGUGGACUGCACCUCCUCCGUCACCUUCCUGCCCUUUAUGAUGCAGCUGCAGCCCCAGUACCUGACCACCUUCUUCAUAGGCGAAGGGUUGAGCGGGCUGAUCCCUGCUUUCAUCGCCAUCGCCCAGGGCGCCGGCAUCUCCAGCUGUGUCAAUGUCACCCAGACGGUCAACAUCACCAUUGGCAACGAGACUGUGGAGAGCACCACGUCCAAAAAAAAAGACGUCAGCUUCUCCUCCCUCGUCUUCUUCCUCCUCAUGGCUCUAAUGAUGCUGACCUGCUUGCUGGCCUUCUUCUUCCUCACCAGGCAGACCAAGAUGUGGCAGCUCUCUCAGCAGCAGCUGUUUCCCAGCACCAUCAUACUGAGCUCAUUUGACCAGAUCGCUGACGAGCGAGAUGCCUCACAGAUGAGCGGGGGCUGCCCGUCCUCAACAGACUCCAAGGGGACCAGGAACAUCCUGACAGAGAAGGUCUACUCCUUAGCCCAGCUCACCUUCAUCUACGUCAUCAUCACUUGGGUGACCUCUCUGAUGAAUGGGGUCCUGCCGUCUGUGCAAUCCUACUCCUGCUUGCCCUACGGCAACACCGCCUACCACCUCACGGCCACGCUCAGCUCCGCGGCCAACCCCCUCGCCUGCAUCGUGGCCAUGGUCCUGCCCUGCAGAUCCCUGGUCCUGAUGGGCAUCCUCGCCACGCUGGGAACGGGCUUUGGUGCCUACAACAUGGCAAUGGCGGUGAUGAGUCCCUGCCCUCUCCUCCAGCAGUCCCAGUGGGGUGAUGCCACCAUCAUCCUCUCCUGGGUGCUCUUCACCGGGACGCUCUCCUACGUGAAGGUGAUGGCCGGGGUAACCAGCCACAGUGCACUGCUGUGGUACGGGGCAGUCGAGCAGCUGGGCUCCCUCCUUGGGGCCCUGGUCAUGUUCCCCCUCGUCAACAUCUACCACCUCUUCCAAUCUGCUGACUACUGCAACUUGCAGUGCCCAGUGUGA